UUUUUGCCUUACUUCAUUUGCUUAUCUCAGAGCUUUAGUCAGAAAUUUUAUUACGAUCACAGCUCUCAACGAAACUCCAGUUCGAAUUCGAAUUUGCCUCUGAUAAAGCAAAAGCUUGCAGAAUAUACGAACGAAGAACUCGAAGAAUAUCGGCAAGUCUUCAAUAUGUUUGACACUGAUGGGAGUGGCGCUAUCGGAAUUGAUGAAUUGGAAAGCGCAAUGAAGAAUUUUGGUUUAGAAGCAAAACGAGAUGAACUUGAGCUGAUUAUUGAAGAAGUCGACCAGAUUGGCAACCAUGAGAUAGACUUUCAUGAAUUUUGUGACGUAAUGAAGAGAAUGAACGCAAAAAAGCGGUCGUGGAAUGAAAUCGUGCGUGAAUGCUUCGCCGUUUUUGAUCGAAGUGAAUUGGGAGUUGUGUCGAAAAAGGAUUUCGCAUUUGUAUUAAGGCAAUAUGGUGGCAUUCAAGAUAACCAAGUUAUCGAUGAAAUUUUCGCAGAAGUAGACGUCGAUGGUAAUGGAUUCAUUGAUUACGAUGAAUUCGCUUAUAUGGUGCGUAAUUAUAUGACCGAUGAUGAUAUUUGCUCUUAA